AUGCUCUCAUUCCUCAACCUCCCGCCCGAGAUCCGCCUAAUUAUCUACGCAUACUCGCUAAACCCAAAUGAAUAUGUCAGUGGCUAUCGCAAAAUAGAGCUCCUAGCGGCUGCGGAAAUGGACCGUGCCCGCGGCCCUGUCUGUGCCUACCCACGACCAUAUAUUGAGCGCAAUACGCCUGCCAUCCUCCUGUUAAAUCGAAAAAUUACGAAAGAAGCACUCGAGGUUCUAUACAAGAUUCCGCUGAAUCUGUACAGUCCCCCGCCUACUUAUUUCGUGAUGCGGCGGAUGGAUAUUACGGAGUUUAUCGGCGAACCUUUGUUGCAGAGGAUCCAGCAUGGUGUUUUGAGGUUGGAUGAUGCUUCAAAGCAUUUUAUCUCGACGUUGUUGGAUAUUUGGGGGAAGGCCAAUAGCUUACAAUCGCUGCAUGUGUACCGUUCAAAACAUACUCCGUCUCCCCCUCGUCAUUGGAAGGUUGUCGAAGAUAGGCUCCGAACAUUUUCAGAAAGCUCUGUACCGAUCACAUGGCACCGAGUCGACGACCCGCUCAAGGCCGAUUACUGCGAGACAACGGAGCCUCCGAGGCCAUCACCCCUUGGAAAGCUUCUUGUAUCAUCGACACAGAGAGGAAAUGGUGGAAUCGACUCAGAAGAUGGCUUUCACGAAUAA